AUGACAGGAGUGUCAUGCACGUCCCAACGUGCAUCACGCGCUGCUCGACGGAAGUUGGAGGCGCGCCAAGACCCAGGGCAGGGGGAGGAGGUGGGCUCGGGGCGUGCGGGAAGUGUGACGGGGGAACUUGGGGCAUUGGGGGACGAGGCGGUAGUGGCUGGAAGGGCAGGGGAAAACGCCGCAGUGGGGACGGUGCUGGGGGCAGCUGUGGUGCCCAGGAGGGCGGCUGGUUUGGUGCUUGAGGGAGCUGCUGCUGCUGCUGCGACUGCAGCUGAGACGGUGGCUGACCCUGUGUUUGCCGGCGGUUCUGCCGCUGUCGUUGGCGGCGGCUCAAUUUCACACGCUGCCGCCCCACGAGCGGCACAGAAGGAGGCGGAGGAGCCAAGCCAGGGCGUGGAUCAGGAGCAGACCGCGGAGGCGGUGUUGUCGGCGUCUCCGGCGCCUGUAACGGCGACUGUGCUGGCGGCAGUGGUGUCUGCUGCGGUUGGGGAGCAGGGCGCAGCCCCGUCAGAGGUUGACGCGAUGCCUGUCGCUGCGAGCGCCGGAACGCGUGUACCUGCCGCGGCCGCAAACAGGCAGGAGCACGGCCAGGCGGAGGGUGAGUUUCCGGGACCUGCGAACGGAGCUUCCUCCGGCGCUGCAAGGGCGGUCUCGAAGAAGAAGUUACGGCAACCGCCAUCUGAGCGAGCGCAGCGGUCGCCAUCGGUGAGCCAGCGAGAGGGGAUAGAGGUGACUGAGGCUGGAAGCCGCCCGCCAGGAAUCUCCCGGGACGCUUCCGCUCCCAACGUAACACCAGCAACGGCAGCGCGCGCUGAGGCUCCAAACACCACGAACGCCGUUGCACACAACACCCGCCACGCGACGCGACGAGCGGCAAUUACCUGGGGACCGCCCCGCGGAGGUCGGACACCGUGGCUGCCGGCGGGACGUGGAGCUACGGGCGCGGUGGCAGGAGCGCCGACAAGCGCGGGGAGGACUCAACGGGGGGGCGGUGCACGGGAGCGCGCGGAGGGCGAGGGGGAAGGGCCCUGGUGGGGGGAUCUGAGAUCCCCGUACGAGUUGGCACCUGGCGGGAAAGGCACGACAGACCAGAGGCGGGGGUAG